AUGAUUAAUACAAAAUUAGACCCUCGAGAAGCGUCUCCCGUUUGUUUCAAUACUUGUUCCACAACAACCACCAAUGAUACUGACAUGUCACAGCAACUAAACAUGGGAUCUUCUCGUAGCUUGUCAAAUGGUCAACAUCAGCACUUGAUUGGAUCACAAGCCAUCAAUGAUUCCUUUACCUCCGCUUUAUCAGACUCUCGAGCAAGGCAAAGUCCAUUUCUACCUUCAUCCUUGGGACGAGAUUAUAAAAACUUCGACCCAGCAACAAUUACGUCUUCAUCUUCAAACUCGUAUUCCGGCUCUUUUAAUAAGCCGAAUUACUAUAGAAGACAAAAAUUCCCAUCAUCAUCAAUGUCAAGAUCUAAUAAUAAUAGAUAUUAUAAUUACUAUUUCAAUGGUCAAAAAUCACGAUGGUCUUCCCCCAGUGCUAGACGACUUUCCUACAGUGAGAUACAAUGGCAAAAUAAUCUCAGUAAUCGCACUUUUGGAAAUUAUUCGCAGCGACUGCGCCAGCAACAACCGAAUAUAUAUCCAUCAGUGACAAAUUUAUACCCAAAUAAUACUUCCGCUCCACCAUCGAUUGAAAAAGCGACCAUUAACCAAGAACAAGUUGUACAACAGACUCGGGAGGAUUCGCCUUCUCAUUUAGAAAAAGUUGAUAGACGACCAAAGUCAAAUUUGUCGUCUAGCUGGGUCUUAGUGAAAAAUGGAUUAUCAAUCAAAGGGACUUUAUCAGAGUCCGCGAAAGGAUCCGAAUCAGAAAAAAGUAUUGAACUAUCAGAAAGAUAUGAGAAUGAAGCUGACGAUUCAGAUCAGGAAUCUGACAGUAAACUUUCCCUCUCUAAAGACGAAGAAUCGGCAGAGCUGGCCCAUGUAGUUGAUCAAACAGGAUCUGUGAAUGAACUUCAAGAUCAUGAGAUUAGCGACGCUGCUAAGGAACAAGAUACCGAACCAUCUUAUGUUGAAUACAAUCAAAGAGAGCAAGAUACUUUCGAAGAUUAUAAUCCCAUUACCUUCGGGACAACCUUUCAAAAAGAAUCAGUUUUGACUGGACAUAAAGAAUGUCGAACUUGGCAACAAAAACUUUUCAUGCAAUCACACCAUUUUCGAUCUUAUCCACGGAAUCGUUAUUCAUCAGACGAUUAUAGCCAUUUUUAUCCGUCAAAUGAUCAUAGUCAAGAGUCGUUGAACAGGGGUUAUCUUGUGGUUGAUCAAGAAUCAUCGCUUAAUAGCAGCGAAGCUUCUACAGAAUUUAUUGGAUCUGCUCCUGAGACUGAAAAUUAUCCUCCUACAUUUCUGCAAAGGAAAAAGAGAAAUACGCGAAAAUUGAAAUUAGAUAAAAGAACAAGUCAUAAGCAGUGGGUUAACGUUGGGGAAGUUGAAAAAGAGGAGCCGUAUCUCGUUAAUUUAAUUUUCAAGAUUUGUGAUGCUCUUGAAAUUGAAUGUAAGCUGCAUUCUCCAUCCAUCAAAAACCGGUUCAAUUGCUAUUGGGCAUUACUCAGAGUACCCGGUUUCAAGAAAACCUUUGGUGCGCAUAAUGAAAUUCGUGAAAUUGUUCGAGAAACUGUUGCGGAAAUGGCAAUUGAUCACUUUCGUCAAAAAAACCCUGAUACUUUUAAAAAAGUAUUGGAGGAGAUGGGCAGCGACGUAGAAGAACUCGAUCAUUAUUGCUGUGUAUAUAAAAGCACUCAUAAAGAGGUUAUUAGCCGUGGUGGCGAUGUAAUACAAGCACAGACAGGCAAAAAAGAGAAAAUUGGAAAAUAUUCAAAGAUUGAAACUCGGCAUUCCAAAAUGGUCAAAGUGAAAAUAAGUAAGAUGCCGCCAGAUCAACCUUUGUUUUUGCAAAAUAAUAAUAAAGUCGAGACGAAAAGUAAAGAGAAAUUAAGCGCUUUAUCUAUGCAAGGGUAUAACGACACAUCUAGCAAAGAUGUAUUGGAAAAUAUUCAAGAGGAUGAAACACAGGUUCUCGGCAAUGAAAUCAUCAAAAUUGAAAAAGAUUCUAAACAGCCUGAACUCCCACAUCAAGAAGGAACCUCGGAAUCUGUCGAAGCCGAAAUGAGCAUCGAAGAUGAGGAUCAAAUCUCUGUUGACCAACUUGAUGAACCCAAACUUUCUGAACUUCCGCAGCAUCAAGCCAGAUUAGAAUCAAAGGAAGAGACUGCUGAUCAGAUAUCACUCUCUACAAAUAUUGUCAAACAUGAAAUCACAAACAAUGCACAACAGCAAGAAGAGUCAAAAGACUUGGUAAUUAUUGGGAACUUAAUGGAUUCUAUUAGAGAUACGCAACAAAAUGAUGCUCUCUUGGGACUUCAGUUGUCAAACAAUUUGCCAAUGACACCAGAUAAUGUGGAAAAUAUCGAGGAUACCGCUGCCGUCGAACAGAAAAGUGAAGACAACUGGAUUCUCGAUCAAGGAUCAGAUAAUCAUCAUGUUCUUGUAUCUGAAACUGUGAAGGCGGUACAAGAAAAAAAUGACCAUAAAGAAUCUAGUGAGGUAGUAACUCGAGAUGCUCUCGAUAUGCAAAACAAACAACAGCAAAAGUUUGUCGAAGAGAAUAAUAAUGACGAUGCUUCUAUUGCUCAGCAUGAGGCGAUAGAAUCAUUAGAACAACGACCACCACUACCACAAGAUGAUAUUCUAAGCGCCACCAUUAAAGAGGAGGAUGCUUCAACGAUUCAGAAUGGAGAUUUAGGAUCGCAAGAUUAUCAUCAUCGAUUCAAAAAUAUUUAG